AUGUGGAAAACUCCAAAUGGAACAGUCGGGGCGAAUGGCACAUCAUCCGGAAACGCAGCUGGAACCGGUCCCAGUAAUGUUAUGAGCCAGUCAAAUGCUAUGGCUGGGGCAAACUCGGCGUCUAACAAUGGAAACGUAAAUGCUGUCGGAGCGAAUAGCAGAACAUCGGGGAUGAGUGCUUCAAACGUUAAUGGGAAUACUCUUAGCCAGUCAGGAACGGACUCCGGAUCUGCUUCGGGAAAAGGCAAUUCUCAAGUGAUUGCAGACAACAUGGGUUCUGUCAAUGGAAAUAACACCGCAACUGCCAGGGGCAGAGCUGGAGCAACAGGCAAUAUAUUGACCAAUGUAGACUUAUCUGUAGGGCAAACACUAAAUUGGGGUUCGGUUAUGUUUCAGCUGUCAGCUAUGUCUUCUGCUUUGGGAGAAAACAACUCCCAAGCGAAUAUAAUGUUGAGUGGAAGUUCUUUAUAUAAUCCAGCCCUCUCCGCCAAUGGAUUAGUGUCUGGAGUUAAUGAUAAUGGUGGUGGAAAUGUUUAUUCGCGUGUUUCUGCUAAUGGUACUGGAAAUGGCAACUCGUCGCAGUUGUCCGGGGAUAUGCUUGGAGGAGUAAGUUCGAAAACAGGUGGUAGUAGACUGGUUGGAGCUGAAACAUUGACUUCUGGCAACUCAAAUGUAAAUUCAUUCGGAAAUCUGGUAAUGAAUGGAUCGGGACCAGGUGAAGGUGGAUUAUGGGGAAAUUCGAGCAUUAACUCUGCUGGAGCUGUUAACGGCAUGGUGGGUGUGCAAGGAAAAAGUAAUGGAGCGAAUAAGUCAGUUAGUGUAAGCGAUGGUAUUCGUGGCAUUAAUGGCAAUGGAGCAAGUAGUGGUGGCCUAGCUAGUGGGAACAUACAAGGAACAGGAAAUCAAGAUGGGUCUGCUUCAUCCUUUGUCGGUGCAAAUGCUGGAUAUCCCCAGACAGGUGUAGGUGUGGGGUCUGCGGGUGAAUCAAAAGCAACGAAUGGGACACCCUCAAUGCUAUCAAUUGAUGAUAAAGGAGCUUUGCUUAAUGGAACGGGAAUGGGGGCAAAUGGUACAAAUAUGGUUAACGGUAGAGUAACAGGACAGUCAUCCUCUGUCAAUGGAAAUACAUUUAUGGGAUUGAGUAAUACUGGUAAUUCUGGGAAUUCAACGAUUUUAGCCAAAGUAGGAGGGGCUGGCCCUUCAAGUGCUCUAACUAAUGCAAAUCUGCAAUUGGUUGGACCUAAUGGAGUUCCACAAACCGAAAACAUUCGUGGAAGUGUGGACGCAACAGGGGACAAUACAAACGUAUCUAGUAUUAGCCAACUUGUCAACACAAACGGAGUCCAAUCCUUAUUUAACAAUCAACAAUCGGGUGUCCAAAGUAAAGGGGCGGCACAGUCCUCGGCUUCUAACAAUGCCGUAUUAAAAAGAAAAAAAAGAAGUGAGGAAGAAAUUUUAAAAAUUGAGGGGGAACGUAAAGCUAGGUCAGCAGAAGAGAACAAUUCUUUACGUCAGUUGCUUGAAAAGAAUGGAAAUGAACAAAUUGUUGCUUAUAUUUAA